UAAUAACAAAACAUUGUUUAAAAAAAAUCAGUGUCCAAAGUCAAAUAAUUAGUUAUUCAGUAAAAUUCAAUUCAAAAUGGCGGAAAAUCCCAACAAUGGCAUAAAUCAAAAUUUUAAUAAUACUAUACAAAUACUUUUUCGAUAUAUAUCACUUAACGUUUCAUUUUAUAUGAGAAGAGCGGAAAAACUUUACAAAAGAAUUAAUUUAAAUAAAUAUUUAGACAAAAUUUCACAAAGACCAUGGUUAGCAGUUGCCUUAAUUAUAACCACAUCAUUAACGGUUAUUUUCGUUUCAACGUUUGUGUUUUUGGUAUUAAUUACGUCUACGAUUGCAUUAACCGGUAUAGUUUUAAUCGAAGGAACAAUUAUUACAAUUGGGACAGUAAUUCUUAUCGGAUGUAUUGCAUCUAUAUGGAUAAUUGUAGGUGUUAUUGCAGUCACGGGGGCAUUAUUUUAUUAUGGAACUCUUUACUUUCACACCCAUUUUUAUUCCUUAGAAGCAAAUGUAACAGACCUUAACAAUGUUGAUAAUAUUCAAAAAAUUUUAUAUGAAAAGAACGAGCAAUCCAACGACAAAAGUAAAACGGAUAAUAUUUUAAGAAAUUUACAGAAAAAACAUAUACAGGACAAAGAUGUUAGUUCUACAGACAAUACAUCAAGCGUUCUAGAUGUAAAACAUGAACAGAUUACAGCUGAUAAUAAAAAGUCCGAAUAAAAUUGUUAACACUACAAAAACCAUCAUCCGGGUAGCAAAUUUUGCAUUAUGUGGAGCAAUGCAUUUACCCUUAGCAACUAAAGCUUUUUAAAUAUACUAAGUCAAUUUUUUCGUUUUUGAACUAUUUAAUUUUUUUAUAACCAGGUUUUCCUCUGUUAGCUGGAUAAAUCAACUGUCAUAUCCAUCGAAUCAAUUAAGAGUAAAACAUGCUGAGUACUUACUUAUACCUUUUUUUUAGACUAACCGUAAGCCUAAAAGAAAAUUGAAAUUGAAAAAAUUGACUUUUUUAAAAUUAUAUGCCAUAUAUAAUAGUUACAGAGCUGUUCAUAUGAUUUACUGAUGGUCGUGGUUACUGUCUGCUGAGCUUUAAAUAUGAUAGUGGGUAAUGCCCCAAGUCGCCCUGUAAGGAACCGCGAAUUUCUACGUCGAAUAUUCCCCCCAGGAGGGGGUUUAAAAAGCUGUCACUAUGUGGUGGUGCUAGAAAUUGUCUGCUUGUUUGAUAAUUAAUUAGAUGUGAUUCUUAAAAGUCAUUCUGCAAAGUUUGAGUCCAGCAAGUGGUCCCAAGUAGGUAAUGCCCCAAGUCGCCCUGUAAAGAAGCGUGAAUUUCUACGUCGAAUAUUCCCCCCAGGAGGGGGUUUAAAAAGUGUCACUAUGUGGUGGUGCUAGAAAUUGCAUAACUCUGGAUUGGUACCACUUGCUGGGAUCAAACUUUGCAAGAUGACUGUUCAAGAUCACAUCAAAUGAACUAUCAAACAAGCAGACCGUUUCCAGAACCACCACUUGGUGACAGUUUCGGUUUUUCGGCACAGCUCCGGAUUGGGACCACUUGUUGUGCCCAAACUUUACAGGAUGACUGUUCAAAAUCACAUCUAAUGAAUUAUCAA